GCUCAGUGAUGGAUCAGAAUCAGAGCAGCGCAGCGGGCGUCGCUUAUAAUCAGGAUUUAACACACAAGACCAUCCUGGUGGGAGACAGUGGAGUGGGAAAGACGUCUCUACUGGUUCAGUUUGAUCAAGGCAAAUUUAUCCCUGGAUCUUUUUCUGCAACAGUGGGAAUCGGAUUUACGAAUAAAGUCCUUACAGUGGAUGAGCUGAAGGUGAGAUUACAGAUCUGGGAUACAGCGGGACAGGAGAGGUUUCGGAGCGUCACACACGCGUAUUACAGAGACGCUCAGGCGCUCCUCCUGCUCUAUGACAUCACCAGCAGAUCCUCCUUCGACAACACAAGGGCGUGGCUUACUGAGAUCCAUGAAUAUGCUCAGGAUGAUGUGGUCAUCAUGUUGCUUGGCAACAAGUCAGAUAUGGCCAGCGCUCGAGCGAUCAGACGAGACGAGGGAGAGAAACUCGCCAGAGAGUAUGGAGUCAUUUUCCUGGAGACCAGUGCCAAAACCGGACUCAACGUGGACGAGGCCUUUAUGACGGUGGCAAAGGAGCUGGUGAGCCGUUCAGUCCAGCUGCCCGUCGAGCCCAGAUUUCACCUUCAUGACGUGAUGCGGCCGGAGAACGAGCCUUCCGCGUGCUGCAGCUUCAGCUAGAAGCUAGAAAACCAGAACGACGAGAACUGAAGGGUGGAAGAGAGCAGCAGUCACUCCUGUGAUGUUUUCUCUGACACUAAACCUUCAAAGACUUCACAAUCACACUGAAGCACUGCAUUGCAGCUCGGUUGAUUCUUUCCUGUAAACAUGAUGGAAACCAGUAAAUAACGUGUUUUAAAGAAC